CAUGAAUUAAUACUUUGUAGAUCUUUGAUGGAGCCAGCGAUCAGAACAGUGGUGGAUGGAGAGGCGUCAGAAUCAGACGAAGAGGAAGAAGUGGAAGAGGUUCCUGAUGUAAGACAGUCAGACCAGAACCUAGUGAAUGCUGUAUCUAUAUCGGGAGAGGCCCUGGAGUCAGAUGACGAGGGGGAGACAGACCCACCCAUCCCCGCCCUUAGAGUAGAACACAGAGAUAGUGGGACCGGACAAGAGGAGACUGGAUCUCAUUCAGUGACCAGACUCUACUCCAGUAAACCAAAGUAUGACAGUCUGCUCCACAAGAAGUUAAGAGAGAAGAAUGCGAGUUUGAGGAGACACUUGGUGGAUUCUGUCCAUCAGAUGUACCUGGUGUCUGCCAAAGAUCUACACAACACAAGUCUCCAACUCCAUAAGUCAAAGGCCUUGAUUGGGGAUCUCUCCCACAAUAUGAGGAACCUGACCAAUGACUUGUUUCACUUGGAGGACAGGGUAGACAUCAUAACUUCCUGUAUGAUCCUACCAGACAUCAAUAUUAAUGUCAGUGGAACAUCAGUGUCACAAUGAGAGAGAGAGAGAGAGAGAGAGAGAGAGAGAGAGAGAGAGAGAGAGAGAAAUUUGUAUAUAGCAUUAUUUACAUCAUCUUCGCUAGCCAAGGGUUUCUGAUCCGCACCGCUGUGAGAAGUGGUUUGGAUCAGAAACCCUUGGCUAGCGAAGAUGUAUUUACAUGUAAAAAUCAUUUAAAAAUAAUUAAAUUGCUUAUUAAGUUACAUGUAUAUUGAUUAUAAAUAUCAUUGUUUAAUUUAUAAUACCUGUGUAAUAAACAAUAUUAUAG